UCGGCAGCGCGGACAGGAAAUGACCCCUCCAGAAACUGCUGCUUUAAAACCGAGCGGCGGUGCCUGAAGCUAUCCAGCCUCCCUCUCCGUGUCUGGAGCCUGUGCGCUCCCGCUCCCCCCACCCCCCCGCCCGUCUCCGCCGGAGCGGGCUCCCACAGCAGUCCCCAGCCAGUGCGUGCAGCCUGGAUGUGUGUGUGUGUGUGCGCGCCGCUACUUUGUACUGUGAAGAACACACAGCCCAUGUGCUCUGUAUGGAUGUUGAUGAUACUCUGUGUAGCUUGAAUCUCUGCAAGCAGGCAAGAUGUCCAGCACACCACAUGACCCUUUCUAUUCUUCUCCUUUUGGCCCAUUUUAUAGGAGACACACACCAUACAUGGUGCAACCAGAGUACCGAAUAUAUGAAAUGAACAAGAGGCUGCAGUCGCGGACGGAGGAUAGUGACAACCUCUGGUGGGAUGCCUUUGCAACUGAAUUUUUUGAAGAUGAUGCAACCUUAACACUUUCAUUUUGUUUGGAAGAUGGACCAAAGCGAUACACAAUUGGAAGAACCCUCAUUCCUCGUUAUUUUAGCACUGUCUUUGAAGGAGGUGUAACAGACCUGUAUUACAUCCUCAAGCACUCAAAAGAGUCAUACCACAACUCAUCCAUCACAGUGGACUGUGAUCAAUGCACCAUGGUCACUCAGCAUGGAAAACCCAUGUUUACCAAGGUAUGCACAGAAGGACGUCUUAUCUUGGAAUUUACUUUUGAUGACCUUAUGAGAAUAAAAACAUGGCACUUUACUAUUAGACAAUACAGAGAAUUAGUCCCACGCAGCAUUCUAGCCAUGCAUGCACAAGACCCUCAGGUGCUGGAGCAGCUGUCCAAAAACAUCACUCGAAUGGGUCUGACAAACUUCACCCUCAACUACCUCAGGUUGUGUGUUAUACUGGAGCCAAUGCAGGAACUGAUGUCAAGACAUAAAACUUACAAUCUAAGUCCUCGAGACUGCUUGAAGACUUGCUUAUUUCAAAAAUGGCAGAGAAUGGUGGCCCCACCAGCAGAACCCACAAGACAACCAACAACCAAACGGAGAAAAAGGAAAAACUCUACCAGCAGCACUUCCAACAGUAGUGCUGGGAACAACGCAAACAGUACCAACAGCAAGAAAAAGUCAGCUGCUGCAAACCUGAGUCUAUCAAGUCAGGUACCUCACAAAGCAGUCAGAAGGCUGACUACCUGAUCUCCUGGUGGCAGGCACCACUCUGCCCCACUGAUGGUAUCUGCCAGAAAAACCUUUGGAUCAAUAUUCAACCAUAUUUAAGAAAAAACUGCAAUGAAGUGCAAAACCAAGCAACCAGCUAGUUCCCUGCUGUCUCCAGCUUUAAAAGACAGUAGACAUUUUCCAUCAGCUGCACCCUGCUCAGACUUCAGCAGGACCAGAAUCUGAACCCCUGACUUUCUUCAGCCUGCUCCUCCCUGGAGAGAGAACUUUUGUUGCAUUCAGUGGUAGCCAUGUGUAUUUGAAUGUUUGAAUGUGACUGAGCCCUCUGAUAGUUACCUGUCACUCCCACUGAGGUUGAAAGUGACUUCAGGUGCUGAAGGCUACUCGUGACAGAUGAAGCAGUCAAGGCUGCUCUUCUGAUGGAGAUGAUAGUUGAGCAUCUGAGACAUAUUGGUGAAGUUUAUUAUGGUAUGAGGGAUGGAUUUUUAGCCUUCAUUUACUUUUAGGAUGUUGCAUACUCAAUAUUUUUCAAUAUUCUUUGCUUUCUGUACCAGAGUAGCAAAAUGGUUCCAACCCUUCUGUAUGGAGGAUCAGGUUCCAUUUUUAGGACACUUUUCCUUUCCAUCUGCAAAGGGGAAAAUGCAUUGCUGUUCAGUUUGACAUACUAACAGCUCUUCCCAUCUUCCCCACAGCAAAGAUAGCAAACCAGAUGGAAUUGAUGGUUUGGCCACCCUGUAGAGUAGACAACUCAAAAUAAUUUUAGCAGGAGGAUAUUUCAGUGUAAAACUAUUCCACGCUUUUCACUUUAAUAAAGAGAUGUUAUCCCACGCCUCUUCAAAAUUAUGCAUUCUUUGAAGUGGACCUUGUUGCCAUUGCUUUCUGAAGAUAGCUGCAGGUAGCAGUAACUUGCUUUCUGUUCCUUUCUCAUAUCUGUAACUUAAAUGUAUCCUUUAGUAGUUAAUGUUUGGUUUCCUUUACAUGCAAUACAAGACAAGAGAUCCUUGAACACAAUUUGGCAGUUUUCAAUUCACUAAAAUAUUCAUUUGGCUGUGCAGCUUUCUGUGAAUGGGAUUUUCCUGCUCAGUAAAAAAAAACCCACCCUACUGAAAUCAUUUACUUUCAGUGUUAAAAGCGUUUCACUUCUCUUUAUUAGAGAAGAGGAAUGAAAUCACUGCAUCUUCUAUCCAGAUGACUCAAAUAGCCAGAGCUAGUUUCAGUUCCAAUUUUCUCAAUCUCCCCACUGGAGAACCCCACAAUGAGCUCAUAUCUGUAUCAACCCUGGAUUAAUAUGAAGUCCUGUGUUCCAGCUUUCUUUUUCUCCAAUGAUUUCUUCCCUGCCAGCAAAGUCAGUUUCUUCAUGAUAAUCACAUCUAAUUUCUUUUCUCUUUUAUUCUUCUGUGUUGUUUUAACUUUGAUAUUAAAUUAAUCCUGAUUAAACAGUGUUUUCUUAGCCUGUAUUCUAUGUGAUGCUUCUUGGCAUAGGACAUUAGUAAUUACUCCAUUUUUCUCCUACAUUAGUGCUGCAUGGAGUCUGGCAAAUAUGUGAACUUACCAUACACCUCAUCCACACUUCUCCCUCACACCCAUUAACUUCUGUUUCUUUAAUGAGGUCUUUGUGCCUGGAGAGGAAAUUGUCCCAUAUUCAGGACAGUCCAGAUAAUAGAAGCACUAUCAGCUAUGGCAAAUCUUGAAGCUUCAGAGUUUUGUCAUUUUCCCCACAGCCCCUUCCAGCUCUUCAGAUAAAUACAUUGGGCAAACCUUGAUUGAUGAGGGAAUGUUACUUGUCAGACAGACAUUCUUCUACCAGUAGAAGGAGAAGGUUGUUCCAUUUCCUCUACCUGUAUUAUUUUCUGAUCAGUCGUCCAGGCAGGGACAGUGCAGAGCCAAGCUCAGAAACCAAAAUUAUGUGAUCAUGUUUCCAUGCAUGGGUCAGAUUGGCAAUGCAUCCUGAAGCUCAGUUGUUGAAGCCUAAUCAAUCAGUAUAAUUUGUGCUCCUUGUGUUGCCUUAAUUUUAAUAGCACUUCCACAGUGCUGGCACAUUCUGAUACAUCUCUAAUGACAAUCCAUAAAAGUAUCUGAAGGGUCUCUGCUAGUGGGUGGUUAUAUUCCCUCUCAUCAGGAUUUUGAAAAUGUUCAGUCUCAGUCUAUGCUCUUAUCUCUAACUAUUGCUUAUACUUUCUCAACUGUGGUAAAUAAAAUACAAAGUUUUGUCCUUUUGACAGUCACUUGCACUCUAUUGUACCCAUUUUCUCUUAUGAUGGUGGGAUGAGCAGUGGUUUCUCUGUUGAUUCUCAGGCUACUGACUGCAGAACUUCAGGAUCUCUUGUCAACAUGACUCUUCUGGCCCAAGUCCUUUGUUUAAUACCUUUUCUAUGUACUACAUAUUUCCUACAUAUUUCCUACAUCCUUAAUACAAAUGCAGUUAGCUAGCAUGCCACAUGAUUACACUACACAACUCUUCUUAGGCUGGCCCAUUGCUUGUCCAGUGAUGCUUUUGACCCAAAUCCUGUAGGUGCCAAGAUAACACACUGUAGAGUGGUGUAAGUAGAGCUAAGUGAUUCUAAAGUCAGCACAACUAGAAGUUUUUAGCACAAAAAGAAGUUUUCUUUUCUCAGGCCAUCAUGGGUGCAGGCUCAGUACUGCCAGUGCUCCCCAUAGAUGCAUUGACUGGUUUUAGAGCAUAAAGAAAACAGACAGGACAGGGACCCAGAAACUGUAGUCUGCUCAGCUGCCUUAUUCUCAGCAGAUUUCAGUAAUUUAAACUUGGAUCUGUUCAUAUUUUCAAUCACAUCUGAUCUUUGGAAGGCUCAUUGGGCAGAAACUGGAGUUACCAAUUUCCUCUAGACAAAGAGCAAAGAUGGGCAAGAGUUCUUCUGCAAGGUUCAUACAAAACCUGCCUUUCUCGUGUUAGCCUUCCUAUCAUUUUAAAGAAAUUAGUUACCUAAUUUGGGUGUGUCAUAGUCUUACUGCUCACACAGUACUAGUAAUUUCCUCUAGUAUUUGAAGCUAGCUGCAAUAUUUUCCCGUCUUUGCUCAGUUUUCAAGACUUCUUACUGACUAAAAUCAUAUUCCUUAGCAUUUUUCAUAUUCUUCUGUUUCAAAUAAAAGUUUCCUGAAAGCCCAAACUCUUGUACUGUAGAGCAAUGAUUUGUAUACUAUGAUCUGUGGAUUACAGGAAUAAUCAAGGUUAUCAGAAGGGGUCCAUACAGCUAUUUUCACUAAAAUAUGACUCUCUCUUAAGUUUAAUUAAAACAGGGCACAUUGAUCCAUUUUCAUAUAUUUGAAACUUGAUAGCCAUCCACAACUCUCACAAACUCUAAGAACCAUUGCUCUAUGCUGCUCCCAGUCAUCACCACAGAAAUUAAUAGGUGGAUUUUGCUUUCAUUUAAUAAUGAAGAUCCCAUAGAGUAUAAUGCUGUAACCAUAAACCCAGUGAAAUAUCAUGUGUUGGAAAGAAUAAAGCAUCACUACAGGCCACUGAGUAAAUGGAACAUUCUUUGGUAUAUCCAGAGUCUAAAGUAGAACCUCCUUGUACUCUUUAAGCAAGUUACAUUCCACAAUAAUCUCUCUUUCUCUUUGUAGCUCUCUGUAAACUCAGAAACCAAAUCCAUAAAUAAACCUGCUAUUGUGGAAGGAAGCAAUACAGUCUCAUAUGUGUUUCAGAAACAGGGUAGGUUUAGGUGUUUUGUAGUGGAUGUUGUAGAACCAGAGCUACAGUUCCAGGGCCAGAGAUUAGUGUCAAAAAUUAUCCCAUGUCUCAAAACCAUGCAAAUCAGAGUCUAAGAUUUAGUAGUAAAGAGAUGAGAGAGAAUAACUUUGUUUUCAGUUUUUGUGCUUUAGGAAAAACAUUCCAAACAAGAACAGAAUGUCAAGUUAACAGUGAGAAUUAUGAUGAGAUGUGAAAGCUUUUUCUCUAGAAAGUGUUUAUUCUGAAACCUAAUUAAAAAGUCAGUUCUGUUUCUAAAGAUCAUUUCAAUACCAAUGUCAGUCUGAUGUUUUUCGCAUGGAAGCAGUGACCAUUAUGGGUGUGGACAGCAGUGGGGCUCUCAGUCAUUAAUAAUUUUUGUGCCAAGGAGCUAAUAAGUCAAUUAUUAAAAUAAUUACCACUAACACAAAGCAGGAGGAGGAGCCCUUCUUCUUUCAACUUAGCACUUAGAGGUAUGCUAGCUGCUGAAAUUAGUGCAACUUUCGGUCCUUGGAGGAUGAGAUGUGCUUGAAUGAUAUACUUGAGAGUGCCAGGCAUUUUUAAUUACCUUAGGCUUGUGAAGCACUGUUUGUCUACUUCUUGGGGCUGUGACAACAGAGCUACAAACUGAUCACUGUAACACACUGAGCAAGGCUACGAAUUAACAGCAGCAAAGAUGGCAGGCUCAGGGAUGGGGAAUUUUGCAUGGCCCAACAGAUAUCUUUGCAUCCAAACUUCACUAAGACAUUGUUUAGACUUAGGAUGCCAUCCCAAGUUAAAAAACUUAGUUGCUUAGGCGGGGCAGAGCUAAAUUUUGAGGCUUGGUAUU